AUGAACGGCAAUUAUCACCACCGUGCCCCCGAGUACCAGGAGGAAAUGGUGGAAAUCGAUGUCCAGCGGGCUCCCAACUCGCCGUUUAUGAAUCACAGUGAAGACCAAAUGCUUCCUCGCUCCGUACCGCCGUAUCGCCCCGGCCACAGUCCGUCGUUGAACGACGAGUUUGGCUCCAACACCUGGCCGCUGCCUGGGAACGAGUCGUUUAUCCAUACGCCCGUCGACUCUCGCUCGGCCACGCCGUCUUUGUACCCCAGCAAUCAUCAGUUCCAGAGCCACCAGAGUCUUGCCGCCCUGGUCGACACGCCGCCCUCGCCAGUGCUCGCUAAAGACUGGGUGCAGCCCGGUUCGAUAGCCCAGCUGUACGAUCGGGAUGACGCCGAGAUCUGGAAAGGUUGGAGGCGAUGGCUCUUCCGCUUCGUGCCCGUGUUUACCUUUGCCAACACUGCCCUCUACCUCUUCUACCUCGGUCUGCGCAUCUACUGCGUCAUCAUGGCUCAGAAGUACUCCGGCUACAUCUACGCCGGCGCCUGGGUCUUCAUCGCCAUCGAAAUCGCCGUCGCCAUCCCCUCGCAGAUGCACAACUGCUGGACCAUGCUGGCCCUGAAGAAACGGAACAGGCCCAAGCUGCGCCUGACCGGUGACGAUGUCCCCACCGUCGAUGUCUUCAUCACCUGUUGCGGAGAAGAGGACGAGGUCGUCCUCGACACCGUUCGCGGUGCUAUCUGGCAGGACUACCCGCGCGACCGCUUCCGAGUCAUUGUCCUCGACGACGCAAAGUCCCCCACCCUCGAAGCCUCCGUCAACCAGCUGGCUCGCAUCCACACCAACGUCUUCUACAUGGCUCGCGAGAAGAUUCCAGGCAAGCCUCACCACUUCAAGGCCGGUAACCUCAAUUAUGGCCUGGACGCUGUGCAUGAACUCCCGGGAGGCGCCGGUAAGUUCAUGGCAGCCCUCGAUGCGGAUAUGAUCCCUGAACCAGAGUGGCUGCGUGCUGUGCUCCCUCACCUGCUGGUGGACCCUCGGAUGGCCCUUGCAUGCCCCCCGCAGCUCUUCUACAACACGCCUUCCUCGGACCCCCUCGCUCAGAGUCUGGAUUUCUUUGUCCAUGUUAUCGAGCCGAUCAAGGACGCCAUGGGCGUUGCCUGGUGUACCGGGUCCGGCUACGUCGUCCGUCGUGAGGCGCUGGAUGAGAUCGGCAACUUCCCGCUCGGCUCGCUGGCCGAGGACGUGGCUACCUCGACCUUGAUGCUCGGCAAGGGCUGGCACACGGCCUACGUCCACGAACCGCUCCAGUUCGGCACCGUCCCGGAAGACUAUGGCGGCCACCUCAAGCAGCGGACGCGCUGGGCCAUCGGCACCGUCGACACGGCCGUCAAACUCAAGUUCUGUCUCUGGGGCGACGCCGUGCGCCAGAUGUCCGCCGCUCAACGCUUCUCGGGCUUCCUCUACGCCACCCUCAGUCUCUACACCCUGCUGCUGACCGCAUCCCUCUUUGCGAUCCCCAUCAUCCUGCUGUGGGGUAAGCAGCUGGUGGCGUACGCGACCACCGAGGAACUGCGCUGGCUGAUCUGGGCCUGUUUUGCCACCACCAUCUCCAACCGUCUGUGCGAGUUCGCCCUGUUCAGCCCCGCGGGCUACCACACCGGCCAGCGUGGCUCGCGCUACCAGCUCUGGAUGUCGCCCUACAUCGCCCUGUGCAUCGUACGCUCCUUCAUCCUGCCCCGCUGGCUCGGCGGCCAGGCCCAGGCGUUCAAGCCCACGGGCUCGCUGGGCUCCGCCCUCAACGAGCGUGAUCCCAAGCACCGCCGCAACAUGGCCGUCCGCAUGUGGGUCAUCAUGGUCAACUACAUGGCCACCUUCCACCUCCUCUUCGUCUACGUCACGCUGGCCGCCGUUGUCGUCUCCUCGUACCGCUGCUUCGCCCAGAACUCCGGCUUCCGCGACAUUAUCAUGUGUCUCAUCACCCACGCCUUCUGGCCCCCGCUGACCUUCCUCUUCAUCUGCACCUCGCUCUGGACCCCAAUCGCCUACGCCGUCGAUCCGCCCAACAUGCCCGACCGUGAGGACCUGCUCGACCGUGACCCCAAGACGGGCGUCGCUCACCCGACCCGCCAGAGUAAGAAGAUCGCCUUUGGCGGCCAGGCCGCCUGGUUCGAACUUGAAUACACCACCGCCACCGUCGCCACCAUCCUCGUGUUUGUGUAUUCCUUCUUCUUUUGA